AUCAAUUACAUGAAGAUCACCAGCAUUAUUGAUGCCCAUCAACAGUGACCCCAACUCAAAGCCAAGAUAUGAAGAGUUUGUGUAUGUGUGUGUGUGUGUGUGUGUGUGUGUAUAUAUACACAUGCAUUCACACACACACAUAAACAAAGGGAAAGGUUGAUUGGUUCUUGUUUUUUUGGGUUGUAAUGGACAGCCGUCUGAUGAGCUCCUCUGCUUGGUGGGCUGAGGGGGCAGACCGCUGGGUUCCUCAUUCUGAUGAUGUAUUACCCGACGGCGAAUCUUGUUCGGUGGUUCCGGCUUCUCUGCCUAUGUCUUCUUCGUCGGAUGCCUCGAAGCUGAGCCGGUUUCCCGGGGUUCAGUCCUCAUGGGCAGCCCCGGUCGACGGGUUUGCAGAAGACAGUGGCACCAGGACUCCUAGCAGUGCUUCCAAGAGCCACAGCUUGGCCGAGAAGAGGCGGCGGGACCGCAUCAAUGCUCAGCUCACGAGUCUCCGGAAGCUCAUCCCCAAAUCGGAUAAGAUGGACAAAGCAGCUCUACUGGGACGCGUGAUAGACCAGGUCAAGGACCUGAAGCGGAAGGCCUCCGAAAUCAGCAAGACCUCCCUAGUCCCGACCGAGACCGAUGAGGUGAACAUCGACCUUGAAGUUCCCGAGAGUGCGAGCUCUGACAACAUCGGUGGAAACUCCAGCAGCAGCGUCUUCAUCAGGGCAUCUGUCUGCUGCGAUGACCGGCCCGAGCUGUUUGGUGAGCUCGUGAGGGUCCUGCGCGGGAUGAGGCUGACCAUGGUCAAGGCCGACAUGACGAGCGUGGGGGGGAGGAUCAGGAGCAUUCUCGUACUGUGCAGUAAGGACGGCGAAGAAGGCUUCUGCGUGAGCUCGCUGAAGCAGUCGCUGCGAACGGUCCUGAGCAGGAUCGCUUCCUCUGCGUCCAUGGCAUCGAGCUACCGCAGCAUCAGAAGCAAGAGGCAGAGAUUUUUCCUGCCCUGUUAGGAGUCCUGAGUCAUCUUCGUCAUACUGGGAAGCGGCUAUUAGUCCAUCUGUUUAUAGGCAAUUGGAACCACCUACGUAAUUCUUUUUCUCCCCUAGGUUGUACGAUUCCUAGAUCACCUGAUCGAUCGAUCCUCUCGGACUAUUCUUUCCCCUUUUGUCGGUGAAAAAUGUAUACUGGAUAACUUGCAGUUUCUAGUCUCCAACAACCGAUUACGGGGCCAUCUUCACGGUCCCUUGAAGAAUAGCUAUUCCGGACGAACCUUCGGUAAUUGAUCAAGCAGCAAACGAUCCUCGAUUCAUGUUUAGCACCUUCUCAGUUGUUAUUGUAUUGUAUUUGUGCCCUGAAUGCCAAUAAAAUGCGUUCACUAGAGCUCAACGUAA